CUUUCUCCCAGUCUUUCUUUCUCUCGCUCUGUCUCGUCAGUUUGGGAGGUCGUUCUCUUGAUUGGAUUGGAUAGGAGAUGGGCAGCAGCCUGUAUGGCGAGCUGUGCUUGGGAAAAGGAAGGUCGGGGUCUUCAAGGAAGGGAAAGAAAAGUGAUUCAGACAAGCCCAAGCUGCCGCGGAGAGGUCUUGGGGUAGCUCAGCUGGAAAAGAUCAGAUUACACAAUCAAAUGAUGGCUGGCUAUCUCUCCUCACUUCACCCUCCAUUUCAGACCCAUCUUAACGAGGAGGAUGCAAGAAUACACAUGGGAUCUCCAUUAUCCCUUCAUGCUUCCUCAAUUGCUACUACAUCUUACUUAUGUGGUGUUCAUCCCAACACCAUGAUGGGAUUUGGAGGCAGUGACAAUACUAGAUUUGGUGAUUACUAUUCGGGUGCAACGGCUAGCAGCAAUAACAUGACGCCGCUCCAUCAUUUCGAAAAACCAACUGUGACACUACCGCUUUUGACACAAACAUUGCAGGUCAAAAAAAAGGUGCAACAUGAUCAACAUUCGCUGGGUUCAAUCAGUCAGAACUCUGAUUCAACUGAUGACAGUCAAGAGCUAGAUUUGGAGCUUAAAUUAUCCAUAUGA